AUGUUAGCAACCUGUGUCUUACAAGAACAAGCCCGUGACAAAGGCUCCCUCACCGGAAGUCAGAACGAGAGGGAACAACCGAUCUGUCAGCCAGAAUUCAGACAAUUCCAGUACAUCGUUACAUGCAAGCGGUCGGUGUUCAGCCAAUUACACCUACUACUGCACCGCCCACCACGUCGCCCCCUCAUCCACUGGCUCUCAGCCCCGCCCACCACGUCGCCCCCUCAUCCACUGGCUCUCAGCCCCGCCCACCACGUCGCCCCCUCAUCCACUGGCUCUCAGCCCCGCCCACCACGUCGCCCCCUCAUCCCCUGGCUCUCAGCCCCGCCCACCACGUCGCCCCCUCAUCCACUGGCUCUCAGCCCCGCCCACCACGUCGCCCCCUCAUCCACUGGCUCUCAGCCCCGCCCACCACGUCGCCCCCUCAUUCACUGGCUCUCAGGCACGCCCACCACGUCGCCCCCUCAUCCCCUGGCUCUCAGCCCCGCCCACCACGUCGCCCCCUCAUCCCCUGGCUCUCAGCCCCGCCCACCACGUCGCCCCCUCAUCCACUGGCUCUCAGCCCCGCCCACCACGUCGCCCCCUCAUCCACUGGCUCUCAGCCCCGCCCACCACGUCGCCCCCUCAUUCACUGGCUCUCAGGCACGCCCACCACGUCGCCCCCUCAUCCACUGGCUCUCAGCCCCGCCCACCACGUCGCCCCCUCAUCCACUGGCUCUCAGCCCCGCCCACCACGUCGCCCCCUCAUUCACUGGCUCUCAGGCACGCCCACCACGUCGCCCCCUCAUUCACUGGCUCUCAGCCACGCCCACCACGUCGCCCCCUCAUCCACUGGCUCUCAUCCCCGCCCACCACGUCGCCCCCUCAUCCACUGGCUCUCAGCCCCGCCCGUUCUACCCAGUUGCCACCAAACUUACUACUUAUACCAAAAAUCACACUCAGAAGGAUGCACAGUACAAGACACAGGUUCUUGCACUCUGUCUCCAGGAUGCAAACACACGCACAAAUAACUCUCAGCUCUCGGGGAAGAAACAAAUAAACAUGAAAUAA